AUGCAACCGGAACCUUUUCCCCAUGACUGGGGCGGAGGACCACCACUUAGUCACACUUUACCGCAGUAUGUAAAUUCCGGGGAUGUCAUUGAUCGACAAACUCUGCUCAUGCGUGCUGUUAGCGGGACGAACGGGGUUGAACAGAGACUACCGUCGAACCCCUUUGUGAUAUUUAAAUCGGUACAAGCGGUCCUACAAUCUAAUCCAAAUAAGGUACUAACAGCAGUAAAAGAAGUUCGAGGAACAAGGUAUGUGCUACGCACAACAUCUAGAAAAGCAUAUCAAGCGUUGCUUGGCAUGAAAGCUUUAGCCAAUGGACAACCCAUCGAAGUCAUUCCACACCCUACACUUAACCUAGUUCAGGGGGUGGUAUACGAUCCUGACACGGUGAAUAUGAAUACUGACGAACUACUCGAAGAACUGAAGGAGCAGAACGUAACAGCGAUCAGACGUAUUACGAAACUAUUGGACGGAAAGGUAACGAAUACUCCACUUUCAGUAUUGUCGUUUGCGGGUUCUUUUCUCCCCGAAUUUAUUUACAUGGGCCUAGUUCGGACUAAGAUCCGCCCGUACUACCCUGCACCCAUGUUGUGCUACAACUGUGGCAGAUUUGGUCAUGGUAGCCGCUCGUGUCCCAAUCAACAAGUCUGCCUCAACUGUGGAGAUGAACAUCAGACGAGUAAAGAGCAACCAUGCAAAAAUGUGAGCAAAUGCAUUAAUUGCGAGGGAGAGCAUUCCACGCGAGAUCGUAAAUGCCCAACCUACCUUGAAGAAGAAGUGUGA